AUGGCGGCGCCGGAGGAUGAGAAACUGUCCAAGAUUACCACUCCGGACACCGAGGGCGUGAGGUCAAUACGAUUGAAGGCGAAACAAUUACGCGAUCGCGUGAACCACUUCUUCACCGCAUGGGGCAUUGAAACGAAUGGGAUUGACCCCGUUCCACCAGCGGAGAGGACAGAUAACAAACUCUACCAGAUCUUCUUCGUUUGGUUCUCGGUCAACAUGAACAUUCCUACCUUUGGGAUCGGAUCCGUGGGUCCAGCUUUCUACGGGCUCGGCCUACGAGAAUCGUUGAUCACGAUAUUGAUAGUUGAUCUGACCACUUGCACAAUCCCGGCAUACUUCGCUAUAUUCGGUCCCAAACUCGGCAUGCGGUCAAUGGUCCAAGCACGUUACACUUGGGGAUACUACGGAGCAAUGGUUCCAAGUGCUCUGAACGUAUUCUCUAUGGAGGGGUACUUGAUCCUCACUUGUAUCAUCGGAGGCCAGAUGCUUGCUAGCGUCUCGAAUGGACAUCUGAACGACACACUGGGAAUUGUCAUAAUAGGUGUGAUCUCUUUUGGUGUCACGUUCUUUGGGUAUCGAGUCAUCCACUGGUACGCCGGCGUUGCGUGGAUACCCAACGUCAUCACCUUCAUAAUUAUGCUCGGCGUCGGCGGGAAGCAUCUCACAAUAGAGCCUGCGCCUGGUCCUGUAGCACCGUCCCAAGUCAUUACGUUUGCUACUGUGAUAGCUUCCAGCGUUAUUAGCUGGUGCACGACGACGCCUGAUUAUGGCGUAUACCACCUACAGAAUGCCUCAAGAAUGCGGGUAUUCGUAUAUGCCUAUCUAGGUUUUUCCGUGGCGAGUAUCACGGCACACAUGCUUGGCGCCGCCUUCGCCGCCUCAGCACUAUCGGAUCCUGCUUGGAAAUUAGGCUUUGACAAUGGCAACAAUGUUGGCGGCCUUUUUGAGGCAGUCCUUUCUCCCGCAGGCGGUUUCGGGAAGUUUAUAACCGUCCUAGUCGCGCUGUCCACUCCAAGCAUAUGUGCCCCCACGAUGUAUACAUUUGCAUCAAGUCUCAUGGCUGUCAGCUAUUCUUUCGCAAGGAUACCGAGAUACGUUUUCGCCGUCAUCUCAACAGCCAUUUUCAUUCCCGUCGCCGUAGUCGGCGCCACGCGGUUUUAUGCGACUUUCACAGACAUCCUUAGUAUAACUGGCUACUGGAGCGUCGUCCACGGCGUCAUGGUCCUCAUAGAGCACUUCCUCUUUCGCAGAGACAACUUCAACGCGUACGUAUUGGAGGACUUCGACAAGCCCCGCCGGUUACCUCCAGGAAUCGCGGCGUUGCUCGCAUUUCUCUGCGCCUUCGGAAUAAUCAUUCCGUGCAUGAAUCAGGCAUGGUAUGUUGGGCCCAUUUCCAGAGCGGGCAGUGGAGACAUUGGCAUAAUUGCGGGUAGCUGUGUGAUUUGUCUAUUGUAUCCUGUUCUCAGAGCGGUCGAGAGGUCGUUCUCCACAGAGAAUCGAGCUUAG